AUGUCUAUCAAUAUUAUUUUAUUAAUUUUUUAUUUUAUUUUAAAUAAUACCAAGGGAUCAGAGGUGUAUAAAAUUGCAUUGAAAGGAGAUAAUAAAACAAAUUUAUAUUGGACCAUUAAUUAUCCAAAAGAAAUUCUUAAUUUUGAAAUUCACGUUAGUCUACCGAAAAAUUUUUGGUUUGCAAUUGGAUUUUCACCUUACGGAGAACUCAAACUUGCUGAUUUUUGUAUUUUAUGGACUGACUGGAAGAAUAAAAUACAUUUUCAAGAUGCUUGGACGUCGGAAGAAGGUAGAAUUUCCGUUGAUGCAUCACAGGAUUGUACUAAUUUUCAAUUUUUCAAAACAAAAGAAGGAAUCAAAUUUGGAUUUCGUAGAAAAUUCAUCACAUGUGACGCAGAUGAUUACGAAAUCGAGGAUGGUACCACUCAUAUUGUUUGGGCUCAAGGUAAAGGACCAUUGUUUAGGCUGGAGGGUGUCAACAUUUAUUCAGCAAUGAUUAGCGGUUUUGAAAGAGCUCAACUGUUAAAGAAUAUUAAUAGUUAUGAAAAUCAUCCAUCGGAUACUUGGACGUUGGAAAUUCUUACAAAUAAAGUCAAAGUUCCUGAAACGGAAACAACAUAUUGGUGUCAUGUACACAAACUCCCUGAGAAAUUGAUAAAGAAACACCAUAUAAUUCAGUACGAAUCGGUUAUACAGAAAGGAAACGAACAUUUGGUACAUCAUAUAGAAGUAUUCCAUUGUGAAACUUCCGUUAAUGAAACAAUACCGAGUUUUGCUGGUUCUUGUUUUGCAGAAAACAGACCAGAAAAAACAAAAGUUUGUAAAAAAGUAAUUGCAGCUUGGGCAAUGGGAGCUCAAGCUUUUUCAUACCCUCAAGAGGCUGGAUUACCAAUCGGUGGACCAAAUUACAAUCGUUUUGUUAUGUUGGAAGUUCAUUAUAACAAUCCAGAGCUCAAAAACGAUUGGGUAGAUAGUUCUGGUAUCCGAUUUUAUUUAACCCCAUCAUUAAGAAAAUAUGAUGGAGGAGUUAUUGAACUAGGUUUAGAAUACAUAGACAAAAUGGCAAUACCACCAGGUCAAAAACGUUUCCAAUUAUCUGGAUUUUGUAUCACGGAAUGUACGGCAGUGGGAUUACCCGAGACAGGUAUCAUCGUUUUCGGAUCUCAACUUCAUACACAUCUACUAGGGACUCAAGUUUACACUAAACAUGUAAGAAAUGGACAAGAACUUCCAGAAUUGAAUAGAGACAAUCAUUACAGUACUCAUUUUCAAGAAAUAAGAAAACUUAAACGUUUUGUUAAAGUUCUUCCAGGGGAUGCACUGAUAACGACUUGCACGUACAAAUCGACAGAAAAAAAUAACGUGACUUUAGGGGGAUUUUCAAUAACGGAUGAAAUGUGCGUUAAUUACAUUCAUUAUUAUCCAAAAACAAAUUUAGAAGUUUGCAAGAGUUCAAUAUCAUAUGAAAAUUUAUUUAAUUAUUUUAAUUAUUUACGAAGUUAUGAAAAUCAAGACACGGAUUCAGAAAAGGCAAUUAGUUAUAAUUAUAAUGCAAUAGAAUGGACACCUCUUCGAGUUGAAGUUUUAAAUGAUUUAUAUUCGAAUGCAGGGAUUUCCAUGCAAUGCAAUCAAUCAUCCGGUGAAAGAUUUCCCGGAGAUUGGGAAAAUCUUCCAGUAACGAAAAUUUAUAAACCUUUACCAAUGCCAAAAUCAAAAUGCUAUUAA